AUGUCAGGGUACAGCUGUCACACUAGUGACAAGCAGAAAAAAUUGAGAAAGUCUGAGACCUCAGCUGUUGUUGAAACAGGCAAUGUAUCAUUCCCUGAUACACCCAAAUCUGACAAGGAUCAGCACACAAGCAAAUGCAUGAGGAGAUGGUCUCAUGCUCCCAGCCCUGAGGCAGAAGAUGAAAAACUGGAGUGGAAAUGCACCAAUGUACUUGACAGUUUGAAGUUCACAGCCAGUGAGAGUGAGUCAGAGGAUGAGCUUGAACAUGAUGCUGCCACAUUCCAACUCAUGGGUGUUGGUGAGGCUGAUCUCUGUGCUCAGUUGGUCAACCUUGCUGUUAGUGCUGGUGAUGACCCUCUUGGUGAGACUUGGUUACCUCUGAGAAAAGCAAAGUGUGCUGCCCAAUGA